GUUGGUGCUGCUAUGCUCAGGACCCUGUCGUUUUCGCUGGCCAUGAUGCCCCAAGUCAGCACGUCUCGCCACGCUUACGCUCCAGCACUCCGUGGGCUAGCACAGCGCCGCCGACUGUUUGUGUGCCGAAGCCACGCAGGUUGCCCGCGUGUUCUCUGCUCGCCUGUUGGUGUGGUGGCCACUGCACGUGGGCUGCGCCUUGCGUCUGGGUCGGCUUGACCAACAUGUUUGUUCGGCGCUGCGAUCGUGGUGGCAAUCGCCAGCUGCGACUUCCAAACAGCCAGCACCGCGGCGCUGCCGGCAUGGACGACGGCGCGACGGCGAGAACUGCUUGGCAACGGACUGGUGCCUCGCCACUAGGAUACCAAUCGAGCGCCGCGCACCGAGGUGGCGCCAGGACCCUUGCUGCUCAGGGAAGCGAGCUGGCUGCAGCCAACGUGUUGGGGGAGAGCUUCACUCCAGGCCAGCACCACUCCAAGACGGCAUGUGCUCUGUUUGUGCGCGGAAGCCCCGUUGCCCCUCAUUACUGCAUCAGCACGCGCGACAUUUUGGUGUUGUUGUGCGCCAUACUCAGCUCGAGACACGACCUCGAAGAGGCAUGA